AUGACUUCUUACAACAACUCUGAAAACAUUUCCCCUUCACCAUCUACGUCCUCCGUACUUCUGUCAACGCUUUAUCUCAACUCCUCCGGCGCCCCCUCAUUCAUCCCGCUGUCCUCGAUUGGGAAUUGCAGCGGGGCGGCGCCAUCGUCGUCCUCGCCACCGUACAACUUUUAUGCCGUGCUGCUCGUGCUGCUCAUCUUCUGCGUGGUGUUCGGCAACGUGCUAGUGUGCGUGGCCGUGUCGCGAGAAAGGGCCCUGCAGACUACUACCAACUACCUCAUCGUCUCUUUGGCUGUGUCCGACCUUCUGCUGGCUACCCUGGUCAUGCCGUGGGGAGUGUAUCUGGAAGUGGUGGGCGAAUGGCGCUUCAGUCUGAUCCACUGCGACAUCCUGCUGACUCUGGACGUGAUGAUGUGCACGGCUAGCAUCCUCAACCUGUGCGCCAUCAGCAUCGACAGGUACACAGCUGUUGCCAUGCCUUUGUUGUACAACACGCGCUACAGCUCCCGGAGGCGGGUAGCCCUGAUGAUCGCCGCUGUGUGGUUCCUUUCUUUUGCCAUCUCCUGCCCGCUGCUUUUUGGACUCAACAACACUGCGGACCGUGAAGGCACCACGUGCAGCUUCGCCGACCCAGCCUUUGUGGUGUACUCAUCGGUGGCGUCCUUCUACGUUCCCUUUAUCGUCACCCUGCUGGUGUACGCUCAGAUCUGCGUGGUUCUGCGCAGGCGCGGCCGACGCACGGCUCCGCCGUGUGGCCGCCGUCUGCCUGAAGCCUCGGAACCACAGAGGCACAGAAAGAAUAAAUGCACACAGCCAGAAGAUGUCAAACUGUGCGCUCUGAUUUUGAGACCCUCGACCGCGGCCCCCCAGCGCAAACGAGUUACAUUGGUGAAGGAGGCGUUGGUGCACCCCCUGGAGGUGGAACCGGGUCGCUUCCUGCCGCAGCCUGAGCAGACCGUAGCUGCACCGCCUACUGUCCAGACGUCAUCCGCGUGCCCGGGUCGGGCCACUGUCUCCAUGUCUGUGUCGGUUGGGCCCGCACCGGCACGUCCGUGUGUGGCGCCACGCUCAGCUCUGACGCCGCGGCCCCCCACGCUGGAGGGCGGCAUGCGGGGCCACGAAGGCUGGCGCGAACACAGCGGAAGUGGUGGCUGGGCAGCCGUCACCAAGGAGCGGGCUAGGGGGAGGAUGUCGCAGCAGAAGGAGAGGAAGGCCACACAGAUGCUUGCCAUAGUGCUAGGUGUAUUCAUCAUCUGCUGGCUGCCUUUCUUCCUGACACACGUCCUGAAAGCCCACUGCGCCAGCUGCUGCAUCUCAACGUCUUUAUACAGCACCGUCACAUGGCUGGGUUACCUGAACAGUGCCGUCAACCCCGUCAUCUACACUACUUUUAACGUGGAGUUCCGCAAGGCCUUCAUCAAGAUCCUCCUCUGUUGA